CAACUCCAAGCCUACCUUUUAGACCCUAACCAACCUCAUGCCCUUCACGUUGUCGCUGAAACCUUAAACCCUAAACCCUUUCUCCUGCAACUCAAGAAUAAUGGCCUUCACCUCCAUUUUUCGCAAAUCGGUUUCUUCUUUUGCUCCAGUCGUGAGUCGACUUGUUCGGGGACAAAGAAGUUGCCAUACGGCCCUUUUCACGGCCAUAAACCACGCCAAUCUCUCUCGCAGCCCCACUCUGAGCUUUUUGGUUCCUACCCUUAACUACUCUUCUGCUACGAAGAGGCCGAGUGCUGAUGAAAGCCUCAUCCGGAUAAUUGAGUCAGAGAUCAAAUGUUUGGAGGAUACCGAUGAUUACGACCGGGUCGAAGAGAUUCCAACCAGUUUUCCUUUCCAAAUUGAAGAUAAUCCAGGGUUUCAAACGCUAACACUGAAAAGAACGUAUCAAGGUGAAAGCAUAGAAGUUGAAGUUCACAUGCCUGAUCUAGUUACUGGUGAAGCUGCUGCUGAUGAUGAUGAUGGUGAAAAGGCCAAUCAAUCUAGCUUGCCGCUCGCUGUCGUUGUCUCCAAGGAGGGUGGACCUAGUCUAGAGUUCAGUUGCGCUGCUUACCCAGAUGAAAUUGUGAUUGAUUGCUUGUCAGUUAAACAUCCAGAAAUUUCUGAGGAUGAGAUUGCCUAUAGGGGGCCUGACUUCCAUGAUUUGGAUGAGAACCUGAAAAAGGCUUUCCAUAAGUAUUUAGAGAUGAGAGGAAUCAAGCCCAGCACAAUUGAUUUCUUACACGAGUAUAUGAUCAACAAGAACAGUAGAGAAGAAAUGAUUUGGAUGAAGAAACUUAAGAAGUUCAUUGAAGCCUGAAUUUUUGCACAAUACUGCAACUUUGGUAGACGAGAAAUCAGGGAUCACAUUUUGAUUUGUUUUAUCUUCUGCUUUAGAGAUCUACAAAUGGCAGGCGUUUAUUGAGAAGUAGAUUAACUUGCUUUUGAUACGAAAAAGGAAGUACUGCCUGAUUUAAAAACUCACUGUACACGGGUGAGGCAUGAAUAACUCCUGAAGUUCCCCUGGUCCUUUUCAAUGUUCUCAGUAACACAACGUUUUGGGCGAGGAUGGUCAAAUUAGCUUGGUAGAGGUAGGUUUAAAGCACUAUUGGUGAUGUUGCUUUGUUGUUGUAUCACGCCCAGAGCAUCUUUUUUGGUUGGAAUGCUUACAGGCCACUUAUGAAUGCUUUUACGUUUA